CCCGCGUAGAUCGCUUAUUGCUUGCAUCGAUGAGACCGGGGAUAUAUCAGUAAUUUUGCGGCAAUACAGGAAAUAAUAAACGGCAAGAGUGAUCGAAUAUCCCGUACGUCCAAACCUCGAAUGAUUUCCAAAAAGGACAAAUACACAGCAUCAAAGCAUCAAUUUGGGAAUUGAAGACUGAUCUUUAUACAUCACUAGCUGCGUUCAAAAAAUACUUUUUAUACAUCAAAGCAAUAGCUAUUGGUUAUAAAUAACAUCUAAAGAUAUAUACUUAUUUCUGAAAUUUACAUAAAAGACAUUACAAUAGAACUGAAUCGAAAAAUAUACCGUCAGAAUGGAACAUUUACUUGCUGCGUUUCUUGCGUUAAUCUAUGUUACGACAAUAUCGGGAAAUCCCCCCUACAACCCAGGAAGCAUGCUUGGAUUGGAGGAAGAUGCCACAGAAUUCCAUGAACAAAGAAAAUUAGAAGAAACAAAAGAAUAUGAAGAAGAAAACGAGAUAGAUCCGAGACUGACACAACAAUACUCUGAGAACAGCAUUGGUCCGUACGAAUGUUCCACCCAUAUUCAAUGUGUGAACGAUGGAACUUGUGUGACGACUGGAAGUGGAAAAAUAUGCAACUGCUCUAGUGAAUAUUUGGGGCCAUAUUGUGAUUAUUCGGCAAGCUCAAUUGACAAAGCUUUGAGAGUGCAUCCGCUAUUCAAAGUAUCAUUUGCUGAAUGCAUGACGAAGGCAGGAAAAACUGCUGGAAUAAAUGCGCUUGGUCUACUUGAAAAAUGCGGUGGAGGACAGAACAUGUGCUGGUUACACGAAGGCGGAGUUAAAGGACUUAAAUGCUUUUUCUGGUGCUUGACUAAUGGAAUGCGAUUAUCAUUGACCGAAGCAAAACCGAGUGAAGAGUCACGGCUUUCGCUAUACAAAGAAGUGUUUCAAAAAUUUUCUCGUGAGCGACAUCUACCGGAGAAACCAAAGCAACAUCGCCCAAGAGGGGUCCCGGUCGCAUCUCUCCAAAUCAACCUAUAUGAUACAUCUAACCAAGACUAUCCAUACCCGAAACAUGGUACAUUUGGAUUGCCGGAAAUUAGCAUAAAACCGAGUGUUUCGUUCUGGACUCCUAACUAUAAACCAGACACGUACGUACCUAAAGGCCAGCCGUACGGAUCACCGUAUGCCUCAGAGAAAGGACGAGAUCCGAUCUACGAACCCUUACCCUCUGAAGAAAAUCCUUUUAGGUAUCCUAAAAGUCACGAAAUUACCGCAUCUGAACCGAGUGACGACAACGAUGAAAUGGGCUCUGUUGACGAGAAGGGGUUAAAUAAUUUUAUCUGGGAGGUACAUACAUAUGGCACAGAAGACUCCCAUGAAGAUCAGCAUAAGGAUUCUCAAAAAGAGGAACCCCCACUAGAAGAAGCACCGGGCAACAACUUUUUGAAUGACGCAGUGCAUGACGUCAUGCUGGACAUUUACGACAGUAAUGUCGUCGAAGCUAGUGAUGAUAAUGACGACAUAGUUGACGAUACCGAAUUCGUGUCAUCACCAUAUGAUGGGCCAUUUCCUUACCACGACGAAUCGUCUAAUAUGCGAGAAGGGCCUCCAACAGAAUAAAUAGAGUUAUAUUCAGGUCUAAAAUUUCCGUAAACUUGAGGAAAUUUUUAAAUAAAUACGUUUAUGGAAGCAGAAAGCGCCAUAUUGGUGCAAGACUCUUUACUGACAUACACAGAAACUUUUCCAAAGCCUCAAACAUGUUUAAUUAAUCAACGUGCAAGUUGUCCACAUAACACAAUAUUCACAUACCCAUAUGAUUCUAUAUGACAAAACUUUGCCCUGUCUAGAAUCUAAACCCUAAUCCCAGAAGAUCAGUACAACAAACGUUACUAUAAUACGUAGUAAUUUUAGAAUAUAUGAAAAGGGAGAAGAAAAUCCCAGUGUAAACAUAAUGCCUUAGAUAUUGUUCGUGCCCAUUUGCAUACUAAUGACACAUUUGUAGUUGUCUUAUUGUUUCCUGAACUAUUAAAAUUCUCCUAUUAUAUUGUAUAGAAACAUACCAACACUUUUUUUUUAUUUUCGUUUAUUUUAUAUUUCAACCAUUGUCUAAACGCGCCGGUGUAUGACGUCACAAUCUGCAUUGUGAAAAAUGAUUAUGAUGUAACUCUCUCCGAGCUUAUUUUCAUUGUGGAAAAACUUCAUUAUUAAGUCACUGAACGGAAAACUUAGUAAAACACUUGGAGAAAUAUACUUGUUUUAGUGACAUCGUGGAUGCCAUACCGCCAUACUAACGUAUUAGCUCUUUUUCACAAACGAUAUAUUUUGUAUUGACAUUGCCAUUACUAAUAUUGGACUUCUGGUGUGACUAAGCAGGAUCAUGAAGUCGGAAUAUCCCACACUAAACUCUGAGCCCUUCUAAAAACCGCCGCCUAUCUUAACGCUCUGCAUGAGAAAGCUUAUUAGUUUCAGGAGCGAACUUGUACUUAUAAAAAAAAACGUAAAAUUCCCACUCCAACAAAGUAACUAUUUCGACGUCAACAAAUUCAAAAUACGACUCCGAAUAACAUUCGACACGUCUAUGUUAUAGCGACUAGACGGUUACAAAUGCUCGUUAUUAUUCUUCAAUUUUGAACCUCAAGAAAUAAAGUGUAUUCAUCCAUUUCAUGAGAAACCACGAAUUUAACCAAAAGUCGACACGUGAUCGCAAACUCGACUUUUUUAAAUCAUUGGAUCUUUCUAAGAGCGUAAUUGUUAUAGACAUAUAAAGUAUUUUGCCCAUUUUAAUUUUGCUGUGCGUUAACAAGCUAUCUACACUUAAGAAUCCUAUUUACGUCGAGUAAUCGA